AUGAAGGCUCUUAGUACUUUAAGUUACUCGGAGCGUUCAACCAAUGCUGAUUGUUUCAUUGGAGUAUUCUUGAAGGAAGGAUUCGGUUAUUCGCCCAAUAAAACUACCAUAAAUGAUUUGUGUAAUAAUAAAUGUGCAAGAGACGAAAUUUGCGAGGUAAUAACUGGAAAGUGUGUUUGUAUUGCUGGUUUUACACGGAUCAGCAAUGGUUCCUGUGUUUCCGUAUCGAUCGAUGGCAGUCUGUCUAAUUCGUCAUUCUCCACUCCAAAAUUUGAAAUUAUUGGUCCAACAAUUGUGCAGCUUCCUCGCGACAGUACCAAAUUAUCCAUAAAAUUUAUUGACUCACAGGAGGAUCAAUCAGAUUUUACUUAUUAUUGGGAAGUUCUAGAUGGAGGAGGUUUUGGUGCAGCAAACACAUAUACUGAACCAACUCUUAUUAUCACAAAUCUAAAAGAAGGUAUGAUGCGCUUACGUGUCACUAUCGCGAAUUCCACUGGCAAAAGCUUCAAGGAUACGACGCUCAGAGUUCUCGCUGAAAAACAUAUCAAUAAACCGCCUAUAGCACUAAUACGCCCUUCAAGUCAAAUUUAUGUUAAUGAAGGGAGCCAUCUAGUAUUGGAUGCCGAAGGUAGUUCUGAUGAUAGUGGUCAGCCUCUGGAGUUUGAAUGGAAGCUUCUAAAUGGCCCGGCAAUUUCGUUACCUGCAAUGAAUACAGCUGUGCUUCGCCUUGAUAAUCUUGUUACUGGAAAUUAUACCUUUGGGUUGAUAGUAAAAGAUCAACAGGGGGCUAUUGAUGAGAAGCGUGCAAAAGUAAUUGUUACUGCAAAAAGAGAUGAUCCGCCGAAAGCUUUAAUAACUGUUUGUGGUGAUCCAUUAAGCCGCUCCGCAGUAGAUGUUCGUCUUCCGAAAAAUAGUCUCCGACUGUGCGGCAACACUUCUACUGAUGAUGACGGUAUUGUAAUGUAUAAAUGGUUUCGAGUGGAUAACUAUACGACUAAACUUUCCGUCGACUUUACAGGAUCAUCGACACCGGUGCUUUUUUUGACGAAUCUGCAAGCAAAUGAUAAAGUUGGACCGUACAUUUUUCGACUGGAAGUUACAGAUAGCAAAGGGCAGAAUGAUUCGACAACCGUUGAUAUUUUGGUGAACAAUGCUGUCAAUUCUGCUCCAGUACCAUACGCUGGUGGAAAUCAAACCAUUCAACUACCAGCUGAAUCGGUGGUUCUUGAUGGGAAUGUCAAAGAUGAUGGACAGAUUGUAUCUUAUGAUUGGAUUCAAAUAAGUGGACCGAAUAUACUGAAAAUUGUUAAUCGGGAUAAAUCGAAAUGUACGCUCUUUGGACUUCAAGAGGGAAUUUAUCGUUUUCGUUUGAAUGUUACUGACGAUGGUGGUCUCUGGGGCUCAGAUGACGCUUAUAUUAUUCUUAUCAGGAGCAAAAAUGAAGCACCAAUAGCAAAGGCUAGUGAUUUAACUAUUACUUUACCAGCAAGUGUAGCAUUCCUGAAUGGAAGCGAGUCCUCUGAUGAUGCAGGGAUAGUUCGAUGGCUUUGGAUCGCUCAUGAUGAUGUCCCUGCUUGCAUUACAUUCUUGGGCAAUUCAAAAGUGGAGUCAGUGGCGAUACUGACUGGUUUAGUUCCGGGCACAUUUUUGUUUGAUUUAACAGUUUGGGAUCAUUCUGAUGCAAUGAAUGCAACAACUGUUGCAUUAACUAUUUCUGUAGGCAUGCCACAUUCGCAAUCGGUGGAAAUGUACCUGAAAAAGCAGUUUAGUGAAUUUACAUAUCGUGCAAAAAAUAAACUUGAAGAACAACUGAGUGCAACUCUUUUGUCGCAGAUAGAAAAAGCAAACAACGUGAUAGUCGCAUUUUCGUCGAUUGAUGAAGAUUUCAGCAGAGGCCGAAUACGUAUCGUUUUCCGAGCUUAUUAUGUUAAUAUCGCAUUUCCUUCAAAGACAAAUAUGGAAGUAAUUCCGCAACAAAAGAGUGAAAAAAUAACGGUUAUAGAAGCAUGGAAGAUUAUUAGGAUUUUACGUUCAGAAACGACUAUAAUGGCAGGAUUCGAUAUUGAUUCCAUUGAUACCUUAUAUUGUACUCGAAGUUGCUCGGGGCACGGUGUAUGCAAUAAUUACACAAAAGAGUGUGAUUGCGACAAAUAUUGGAUGCCAAGUCUUUUAUCUUACGUUGUUUUUGGUUCCAGAAUAGACUGCGCUUGGUCGGUGUUGUACUUUGCGUUAUUACCUGUAUUAUUACUUUUCUUUACUACGUUUUUGGUUGCUCGAAAAAGUCUGCAAACUUCUUCAUAUGAGGUUUCAAACACAAGUAAUCAUCGUCAUCAUCGAAAGAGAAGACGUUUACGUAAAGCUACAGUUAAUUCUGAAAGGAGAUUGAAUGAAACUAAAUCCAACGGAUAUGUCAAAGGCAACAGGGAUAGCUCAUCCUACGCGCUACUACUAGCUGCAGAAAGUUCAAGCUCGGAAUCCAAAACAAGCAAAUCAUCGAAGAAAUCGAAUUCAAGCAAUCGACGAUUCAUUUCGAAUGCUCAACGUUUCACUGCUGCAUCCUUUGAUUUCGCUUAA